UAUGGACAAGAAAAGAGAAACAAGCUGACAAAGGCAAAGAGAUAACCUCCACUGUUGAAGUUGGCAAAGAAAAGGAGAGUGACAAGAUUGAUCAAAGAAAUGUGGAUAAUGGAAGCAUAAGUAACCAGAUGAUGGUAUGUGAGACUACUAUCACUAAGCUUCAUACCACCACCCCUGCUCCUCAGGUAAUUCCAAACAUCACCACUAGCAACAAGUUUGAUAAUCUUGUUAUGGAACUGCAAGGUCCUAUGCAAUUAGAUUUGGAAAAAUUUGCUUCUCCUGAAUCAAGUGCUCUGGCUACAAAAAUUAAGAACAUUGAUGGUAUACCAAUUGGGCAACUAAGGAAAAAGCACAAGUCACCAAAUAAAGGUAAAAGGGGGAUUUCUACAUCCCAAGGCCAUCAUCCACCAAGACAUAAAUGA